UACUUCUUGCAGAGCUUUCAUGAUUUUCAUUUAAACAUUGCUUAUAAUUAAUUAAUUACAAUUAAUUAAUUAAUUAAUAUCUCAAUAGGAUUUGAAAUAUUAUGUAUUAAAAAAAAAGAAAAAGAAAGAAGCAGAUGUUAAGGGAAGCCAUAUCUUCAAGUGAUCAGUCAAGAACAAGGGAAUCAACUAGUGGACAACAAAUUAAUGAUCGACAUAUGGGAGCUGAAAACCAUCAAUACUGGAAUUGUUCUAGCUUGUGCUUCCUAUCUAAUCAAAUGAGUUUUAAUAUAGCUCGCAUUAUACUGGCAGAAUGCCUAGGUACAUUCAUAUUGAUGUUCAGCUUAUGUGGGAUGAUGGGAAGUAUGCAAAUGUUAGGAAAUGAGGUGGGUUUAACGGAGUAUGCCAUAACAGCUGGUUCAGCCAUUGUUAUUAUUAUUUUUACUUUGGGAAAUAUCUCUGGUGCUCAUGUCAAUCCUGCAGUUACCAUUGCCUUUGCUGUCUUUGGGCAUUUUCCUUGGAGAAAGGUACCACUUUAUGUGAUAGCACAAUUGUUGGGCUCCAUAUUUGCAACUUAUGUAGGGGAGUUAGUCUUUGGAGUUAAACCAGAGCAGGUUAUGACUGUGCCACUCAAUGAUCGUGCUUUUGCUGCCUUUACAGUUGAACUAAUCGCCACCUUUUUCGUCACAUUCCUUGCUGCAUCACUAGCCAGAGAAGCAAGAUCUGUUGGUCAUUUAGCUGGAUUAGUGAUGGGUAUAGCUAUUUUACUAGCAGUCUUAAUUACCGGACCACUCUCUGGAGGAUCAUUGAACCCUGCUAGAUCAUUAGGGCCAGCAGUUCUUGCAGGAAAACUAGAUCAACUAUGGAUUUAUUUUGUUGGUCCAAUUCUUGGUGCGAUUCUUGGAGUUCUAAUGGUUCAUGCCUUGUGUCUUCAUCAACCAUCUCAAACCCAUAGUUCAUCUACAUCAACGAGUGUUUUGCCUUAGUUUCGUUUAAUUCUCUCGUCGUGUUUUUUUUUGGUGAUAAUUAGGUUUUGAUCUACUUGCACUAAUCGAUUAGUAAGCAGGUCGAUGUAAAGAAAACUAAUGUACGAGAACAUACAUGAUAUUAUGUAUCGUCGAUAGUUUGACACAUGUGUUGUUGACGUUCAUCUUAGCAUAUAAGUGGUUAAGAAUGAUACUCCUUCCGUUUCUUUUCAUAUGUUCCAUUUGCUUUUAGGUUAUUGUUCAUCGAUCACUACUAAUUUGUAUUUUAUUCUUAA